UAACUUGGCAGUGCUGUGCAGCUUUCGCACGAUCAGUAAACUGUGGGAGCUCAGAGCUGCCGGAUUCGUUACUCGGCACGAAUAAUAAACCCGACUGCUUAGAUAAUCAUUAAGUAGCAGCCCAGCGAGUUGCUCUUCGCUCCAAGAGUUGCGCGUUAUUGCGAAAUAAUGGCAAAUUUUCACAAGCUAGCCCUCGUUACGAAGAAUCUCAAUGGCCUGGAGUUGUGCAUCAGCAGGCCAUUUACCACCUCGCUUCAGGCCAGCAAGGCAGCAGCCGCCCCGGCCGCAGCGGCAGGUAGCAGACUGAAGACCUUUUCUGUUUACCGCUGGAAUCCCGACGAGCCAGAGAAGCAGCCCUACAUGAAGGACUACACCGUCGAUCUCGACGGUUGUGGUCCUAUGGUGCUCGACGCCCUCAUCAAAAUUAAAAAUGAAGUUGACCCGGGUCUGACCUUCAGGCGAUCCUGUCGGGAGGGUAUCUGUGGAUCAUGUGCUAUGAACAUCAAUGGCACCAAUACUUUGGCCUGCAUCAGCUCUAUCGACUCGAAUACUAAUAAAGUUACCAAAAUCUAUCCGUUGCCUCACAUGUACAUUGUCAAGGAUUUAGUGCCGGAUAUGAAUAACUUUUAUCAGCAGUACAGAAGUAUUCAACCAUGGUUGCAAAGCGAAAAGUCAAAGAAACCAGGAGCAGAGCAGCACCUUCAAAGCGUAGAAGAUCGUAAGAAGCUUGAUGGAUUAUACGAAUGUAUAUUAUGUGCUUGCUGCAGUACUUCUUGCCCAUCUUAUUGGUGGAAUGGUGACAAAUAUCUUGGACCUGCUGUUCUUAUGCAAGCAUACAGGUGGAUCAUUGACUCAAGAGAUGAAAAUGUUAAGAAGAGGUUGGAUAAAUUGAAGGACCCUUACUCUGUGUAUCGUUGUCACACAAUUAUGAAUUGUACUAAGACAUGCCCUAAAGGCCUCAACCCUGGUAGAGCUAUUGCAGAAAUCAAAAAACUACUUGCUGAUGUUACCCAAAAAGGAAAACCAGGACUUGCAGCUAGUGCAUAAAAGUACUUAAUAGAUUAUUAAUUUGAGUAAAUUUUUAAUAACCUCAGAAGGUAUAUAGAAUGUAUUAUAAUUUGUGAUAUAAUGAUAUCAAAGUUACAAUAAAGUCUUUGAAACACUCGGUUAAUA